AAGCGGCGCCUCAGCGGGGCCUGCGGCGGGCGGCGGCGCUUCGCCGGCGGCUGAGGUAAAGGCGGCGGAGCGCGGGCCCCGUGCCCCGGGUGCCCGCUCUUUUUCCAUCUUUUGCUUUCGCUGCUCCGCCCGCUGACUGAAUUCUGUGCCUGAGGGGACAGCUGGGGGCGGGAACUGCUCCUGAGGGGGUUCCUGGGGUGGGGGCGAACGGCGGGCGGGGGCAGGGUGCUGCUGGGGGUCGUUUUGAGCCUGGUGUGCCGGGGAGCUGGACGUGCCCGAGGCCGGGGAGCUCGCCCUAGGCUCCCGGUGCACAGCGGGGAGACCUCACUGCCUCCAGGCAUGCUGCUGGCCUCCAUCUCCAGUGUGCCGGCUUCACUGCCUCUUCUGGUGUCUCUAACGCUCACUAAGAGCUGCCUGUAAGCUUUCCUACCUCAGCACUUUCGGAAAGCGGCCUUCAACCUCUCAGGGUUCUUGUUUUGUUUUGUUUUUGACCUGCUCUUGACGAUAUCAAGGUUGCUGCUGUGUUGAGGCUGUGCUUUAUCACGCCGACCGUGUUGCCUAACUGGUGUAUGCCUCUAGCUGCUCGUGUCUGGGUUGUGCUAGGUCCUCUUGGUAAGGCUGGUUUUGCAAUCUCUGGAAAGUCAAACUAUUGCAAGCUGGGCACAUCUUUUUGUUGCACGAUUGCAGACUACAUGUGGCACUCCUACUGUCCUAAGCAUAGUGCUCUUAUUGUCCUGCUUCAUGGCUAUUUUGACCAUGCCUGACGCAGGUCUGUGUGGUCCUGAUGCGAAGUGACUUCCUGCAACUGUUUUUAAACUUUUCUAUUACUCUGUAAGUAGUUUGGCAAAAUUAUUACCCAGCUUUGUUCGCAAGUUUUAUUUGUGGGAAGUGACAAGCUCUUUGUAUCCAAAUGAGCUCGGCAUUCCUUGAUUUUGCCUUCUGGAAAUGAGUGGCUGGAGAUGAUCUCAGGCUCCUGGCAGAUGUAAUUAGCCUUUCAAAGAUGUCAUCAGUAUCCUCCCACGUUACUCCUAGAGGUGGGUUGGUAUCGGUUUGUCUACCUAGCUCUUUGCAAAUAAGACUUUGUUAUGCGUAAUUAGAAGAUCUCUGAUUUCAGGUUUGUUAGCUGGAAUACAUGACUGAGGGACUUGCCCUAAAGUAGCAGUGUGAGGUAACCCUGCGUUCCAGCUCAGUACGUUGGUGUCACGCUUGUCAAGUUUUAGUAAGUCUUUGGUGUCUUUAGCUCUGAAUCUUGUCAGGAACAGAUUUAUUUAAUGUAGGAAAAGAGGUAUGGGUGACUUUUAAUGCAGAUAAAUAUAUCUUUACUUCAAGAUUCACUGUAGCUUUUUUCUGAUGAGUUAAUUUUGGUCGGUUUUUUCUCUGAGUUUCGGGAACAAUUAGCUUCUUUACCUGCCCUACAUUUAAAGUCCAGUAACACCCCCCCACUUCUCAGGCUGCUGCUUCUAAGGCCGUUUCCCUUAUUAGAAGCGUUAACUCAUUACCAUCAGACUCGAGAGUUACUGCAGUAAUGUGAUGGAAAUGUUUCUGUAGAACUGUGAAAUAUGUGUGGGCUUUUUUGCCUUUUUUUGUCACCAUGCUUGAACGUUUGCCUCAAAAAGUGUUUUUUAAUUUUUUUUUAUUAGUUGAACAUUGUAGGUUGUGCGGUGACAGGGCAGCUGUCUGCAAAUGGAUAGUCUAAUCAGAGUGGGAGGACUCGUAGGUCUGUGUUUUUCUGUGGAACCUAAAACGUUUGUAGGACUGAAUAAUUCAGGAAGAGUAAACACAACUGAUGAAAAAUUUAAGUGAGGUUCAUUUAGUAAGUAAUGCUUUGUACAGACUGAGUUUUCUGACAAAUGAUGAUUCAAAUGUUAGACUUCUUGAAUAAUCCUAUGUGUGAAUAACUCUCUGACUCAUGUGCAUGUAGCUCAAUAUUAUUUUGGCUAGAUAUGGUCUUUACUUAGCUAGAUGGACACAGGGGCAGGUGAGGCAACCAUGAGAUAGGAUUCUCGUAUCUUGGGAAUUUACAGAGGCAAAAUUCCUGAGAGAUGUAAUGCUAUUAGCUAUCUUACCAGUCAAGGAAAAUAGUGAAAAAAUGAUUCAACAAAAAGUCCGUGGUUCAGUACCUUUUUUUGUGAAUUUGAAGGCUGAAGGUGUUUAUUAACUCACAUUUCUAAGAAACAAGAUGUGUUUACUCUGCCUAUCUUUUCCCUCUGACUUUUGGAUUUUUUUUUUUGGUCAAUUGUGUUUACAUUUUAUUGAAACAACACUGUCUAAUGUGGUUAAAUAUGAUGCGUAUUUUUCAGAUGGACCAUAUACCUGUGGAUGGUGCCAAUUAAAAACAUACUACCACAAGUCUUUUUAAAAACUUUAAUCAGUGAGUAGCACUUCAGGGUUCGUGUGUCAUGAUUAAUUUUUUAUUAAAAAAAAAAAAAAACAAACGUGCUUAUUUUUUUAAGGAGAAAACUGUCCAGAACUAAUAUCAAGAAGUCAAUCCAGAGAUGCUUAUAAGGAUUUAUUUUCCUAAUAGGUGGCUAGUUUAAUAGAUCAUUUGUCUGCUGAAAGGGUUUAGCAGUGCCUUUAUUUCAGAAAAAUGAAAAUUCAGAGGUUUGGUUUCUGGUAUAUCAUGGUUUCUUGAUAUAUCAAGUGACUUGAGUGUGGCUGGUAGAGUUUCUUCUAUAUAAGCUUUAUUGUGUUUUUUGUAUCUGAUGCUGUGUCACCAAAUGCAACUUAAUGCAGAUCCUAGCAAAACUUCUUCCUUAAAAUACCAACAGUAUUUAACAGAAAAAAAAAGUGGUUUUAAAACUGUUUGACACACACAGGUUUUGCUGCUGAUGAAUCAGUUCUUUUUUUCCCCAAUUCACACAAAAGUUCAGCCUAAAGUUUCAUAAGAUAAUUUCUUAUCCGUGCAGUUGCAGCAUUAGACCAGUAAGAUUUUUGCUUUGUUGAUGUGUGUAACAACAUUAAGGAUGAAAUUAAGACAACUAUGAAAGGUUGUGAGAAUAGUCUCAGAGUUUCUUCUGACUUUCAUUCUUUGCCGCUAGCACCCUCGAUUGCUUUGCCUCCAGUCCUUCUUUUCUCAACAAGGCCACGUUUUCAUUUCCUCUGAAUCAUACUGAAGAGCACAUCUGUAGCUAUGACACCGCGCUCAGUGUAAGUUAAUAACAUGCUAUAGGCCUUUAAAGUCACUGUGAGCCUGAUAAGAUAGCCUUGUCUUGAGGUUAAAUUGUGCGUCUGAGCCAUUCAGAGGAAGUCUGGCCUGCAUCUUAGAUGAGUUGACGGCAUAGAUUGGGAUCAGGUCUCAAGGGCCAGAGGGAGGAGAGAGAAGGAAACUGAGAAGGAACUGCUUGCAAUGGAGAGCCAUGAUGAAAAUAUUUACUUUGAUGCCAGGAAUCCAACUUCACUAGAAUCUAAUCCUCCAUUUGCUUGAUGAUAAUCGAUCUGUAAUUGAAUACUGGGACUCAUCAGACUAUGGGCACUGCAUCUUGAGCAGGGGUGGAAGACUGAAGCCCAUUUUGGGGCAGAAUGAGUUUAACAGAUGCUGACAGUGCAGUUUGCCAGGCAAAGGCAGUCUAUAAUCUUCAUAUUUACCCCCAACUCUCGACAGAAAGUGCUCCAUGCUGCAAAGUGACAGCAACCAAGGACACCACGUCUUCAGAUGUCAUCAAGGAUGUGAUUAAUAUCUUAAACUUGGAUGUCUCAAAACAUUACGUGCUUGUGGAGGUGAAAGAAUCCGGUGGUGAAGAAUGGGUACUUGAUAUAAAUGAUUCUCCUGUUCAUAGAGUUUUACUUUGGCCUCGCCGUGCUCAGGAUGAGCAUCCUCAAAAGGAUGGGUACUACUUUCUUUUGCAAGAAAGGAACACUGAUGGGACCAUCAAAUAUGCCCAGAUGCAAAUGCUUUCCAAGGAGACAGAUGCUCGACGAUUGGUUGAAAGAGGUUUUCUUCCAUGGCAUCAGGAGGACUUUGAUGACUUGUGCAAUAUCCCCAACUUAACAGAGAAAACACUCCUAGAAAAUCUCAAAUGUCGCUUUCUAAAACAAAAAAUUUAUACUUACGCAGGAAGUAUUUUGAUUGCAAUUAACCCCUUCAAGUUCUUGCCCAUUUAUAAUCCUAAAUAUGUCAAGCUGUAUGAGAACCAUCAGCUUGGGAAGUUGGAGCCUCAUAUCUUUGCCAUUGCUGAUGUGGCUUAUCACACAAUGCUUAAAAAACAUAUUAAUCAGUGCAUAGUUAUAUCAGGUGAAAGUGGCUCUGGAAAAACUCAAAGCACAAACUUCUUAAUUCACUGCCUCACAGCACUGAGCCAGAAAGGGUACGCAAGUGGUGUGGAGAGAACUAUUCUAGGAGCUGGACCAGUUCUGGAGGCAUUUGGAAAUGCAAAAACAGCACAUAACAAUAACUCCAGUCGUUUUGGAAAGUUUAUUCAAGUCAACUAUUUAGAGAACGGUAUUGUCCGAGGGGCUGUUGUUGAAAAAUACCUGCUUGAAAAAUCUCGUCUGGUUUCUCAUGAAAAAGGUGAAAGGAAUUAUCAUGUCUUCUAUUAUUUGCUACUUGGAGUCAAUGAGGAAGAGCGUAAAGAAUUUCACCUCAAGCAACCUGAAGAUUAUUUCUACCUCAACCAGCAUAACUUAAAAAUUGAAGAUGGGGAAGAUCUCCGGCAUGACUUUGAAAGAUUAAAACAAGCGAUGGAGAUGGUUGGCUUUCUUUCAGCAACAAAAAAACAGAUUUUUUCAGUGCUUUCAGCUAUUCUUUAUUUGGGCAACGUUACAUACAAGAAGAAAGCUACAGGUCGUGAUGAAGGAUUGGAAGUGGGACCUCCUGAAGUGCUGGACAUUCUUUCUCAGCUUUUGAAAGUCAAACGUGAGAUUUUAGUGGAAGUGCUAACAAAAAGAAAAACUGUGACUGCUAAUGAUAAGCUUAUUUUGCCAUAUAGUCUUAAUGAGGCAAUAACAGCUCGUGAUUCAAUGGCAAAAUCCUUGUACAGUGCUCUGUUUGAUUGGAUUGUUCUGCGAAUUAAUCAUGCACUCCUUAAUAAGAAGGACAUGGAGGAAUCUGUUACAUGUUUGUCCAUUGGUGUACUGGAUAUUUUUGGGUUUGAAGACUUUGAAACCAACAGUUUUGAGCAGUUCUGCAUAAAUUAUGCUAACGAGCAGCUUCAGUAUUAUUUCAAUCAGCAUAUUUUCAAAUUGGAACAGGAGGAAUAUAAGAGUGAAGGGAUCACUUGGCACAAUAUUGACUAUACUGAUAAUGUGGCCUGCAUUCACUUAAUCAGCAAGAAGCCCACUGGUCUCUUCUAUCUUCUGGAUGAAGAAAGCAAUUUUCCACAUGCCACCAACCAAACUCUACUUGCAAAAUUCAAACAGCAGCACGAGGAGAACAAGUUUUUUGUUGGAACCCCAGUAAUGGAACCUGCUUUUAUUAUUCGACACUUUGCUGGGAAAGUUAAAUACCAGAUAAAAGAUUUCAGAGAGAAAAAUAUGGAUUAUAUGAGACCAGAUAUUGUUGCUUUACUACGAAGCAGUGACAGCGCUUAUGUUCGGGAGCUGAUAGGAAUGGAUCCGGUAGCUGUGUUCCGUUGGGCUGUUCUGCGGGCAGCUAUUCGAGCAAUGGCCGUCUUUGCAGAAGCUGGACGCCAGAGAGCUCAGAAGACUGCAGGAGUGGUGCGCCAAGGACCCCGAGUUCCCCUUGGAGAACUCCAGAGAUCAAAUACACCAGUAGAAAAAGUUUACCGCUGCUCAAUGCUUGAUUUCUCAUUUGAUUGUUCUGAGGAUUUCGAUAUAAAUGCUUUUGAAGACAUCAUUUCUUUUUAUGAAAACAAGAAAGACAUGCAUGAACAAAUCAUCGCAAGUAUUAAAGGACUUCCAUGGCAGGGAGAUGAUCCCUGUAAGCUGCUUCGGUCACUCAAUCGACUUCAACACCGCUCCCACUUCAUGAAAAGUAGAGGUAUCAAACAAAAGCAGAUCAUUCCCAAGAACUUGUUGGAUUCCAAAUCUCUGAAGCUCAUAGUAAGCAUGACUCUACAUGAUCGAACUACAAAAUCCCUCUUGCACUUGCACAAAAAGAAGAAACCCCCUAGCAUAAGCGCGCAGUUCCAGACUUCACUUAAUAAAUUACUGGAGACACUGGGGAAGGCUGAGCCAUUCUUCAUCCGCUGUAUCCGCUCCAAUGCUGAGAAGAAAGAGAUGCUUUUUGAUGAAAGCUUGGUGCUUCAACAGUUAAGGUACACUGGCAUGCUUGAAACCGUGCGAAUCAGAAGAUCUGGCUACAGUGCCAAGUAUACAUUCCAGGAAUUCAUAGAUCAGUUUCAGGUGCUACUUCCCAAAAAUGCCAGAGCAUCUAAGGAAGACAUUUUUGCUUAUUUGAAUAAACUACAACUGGAUAAAAACUACUGUCAAAUAGGGAAGACCAAGGUUUUUAUGAAAGAGGCUGAACGGCAGAUACUACAGGAAACACUACACAAAGAAGUGAUCAGGAAAAUCAUUCUUCUUCAGAGCUGGCUCAGGAUGGUUUUAGAAAGGAGACGCUUUCUCCGAACACGGCAAGCAGCAAUUGUUUUACAGGCUUGCUGGCGUUCCCGCUGUGUUAGGAGGGCACUGCAAAGGAAUAAUGCUGCUGUUUAUAUUCAGUCAGUAUGGCGAAGAUAUAGGGAGCAAAAAUGUUACCUUCAGCAGAAGAAGAGAAUUUGUCUUGUGCAAGCCGUGGUGAGAGGGCAUCUUCAGCGUAAGAGAUUUCAGAAAAUGGCUAUAGAAAAGCAAAAAGCUGAAGAAGAACAGAGAAAAAUGCAUGAAGCUCAAGACAGACAGAAUGAUAUGAGCAAGGAUGAGGGCGAUGAACCAGCAACAGAUCAAUUGCCUGUGAAACAUGAGUCAGAGCCAGAUGAAGCUGUUGGGGGCAAAGAUGGAGCUCCAAAUGAGCAAGCUGAAAACCUAAGCUCAUCUCAAAAAGCCACGUUACUUCAGAAGAACAUGAUAGAGGGCUCUGAGAAAGUAACAAACAGCCGGGAGAAACGUGAAUUCCGCCGGCAGAGGGGGCUGGAACAUAAUGAGUUACAAAAUAAGCAUGUCCUGUUUUCCUUCGACGGAGCAGCUUUAACGUGCCAUGAGGAACAAACCUCUUCUGAAGAGGCCCUGGAAACUGUUCCAGAGCCAAAAAUAUCCACAGAACAAGAUGCUGUCCUUCAGGGAAGUAGUGUGGAAGAAAAGAGUCCAAAUGAAGAAAAAGCCAUUUCAGACACACCACCCUCAAGCGAGAUAAAAGAAAGUAGUUCUAUUCCUGAGCAACCACCUGCAUCAGAAGUAGAAAGAGUAGAUAAGACAGUUGAUAGAGUGGAAGCACAAGGGAACCAAAAUAACCUGUUAAAAGGCAGCCAAAGCUGUCCUGAAAGGCCGACAAAUCUUGCACUGAAUCUUGAAAACACACUGUCUGCUACUGGGAGCUUUCAAACUCCAGCUGAAGGUUGGGCAGAUAAAAACAAACAUCUUGCUCAGAAGGCAACCAAAGAUCUGGAUAGUCCUACUUCUUCCAAUAUCCAGAGAUACGUGGAUGAUCCAGGGAAACUAAAGUACAAGAGAGAAAAGUGGAAAGGAAAGAGACAGUCUGAUGCUGGUCAGAAUGACAUGCUGAGCCAGUCUUUGGAUGGAAGAACACGUGCAGAUCAGUCUCCUCAGGAUCCAUUGGUAAAGAAGGGGACUUCAUCUUCAUUAAAUGAUCUCUCAACAUUGGCCCAGUCUGUUGCUAUGAAUCAGCAAUCACCAGAUACGAUAGAAGAAGAAAAAGGCAACAAGAAAUCUCCUUUGCAAAAGAAGCCCAGUGACCUCUUACCUACCACAGAUUCAGCUGUUUCCAUGCAGCCAGCAAGUCAGCAAAUAGAUGCCAAGUCUGCUUUCAAAAGUCCAUUGCGUAGACUUUUGGGGAAAAAGCCAGACAAGAAAAUUCCAAAGGAGUAUCCUGAUGUGAUUGAUGAAGGUGACGGACUCUCACUUACAUCUUGUAUCCUGUUUCCAGAAACAGGAGGAUCACAGAAGGUUUCGGAAGCUUCUUCUGGACAGCCGAGUCGUCUCCAGGCAGGGGAGCGCCAUGUGAAGGAGAGUAGUAAAACAAAGAAGAACCGUACUAUCAAGAUCAGCAAGAUCUCAAGUGUGUCUCAGAAUUGGCGAGCUUCCGUGGCCCGUGAGAUUGCAAAUGCCAAUGAACUGAAACAUCUUGAUGAGUUCCUUCUAAACAAGAUCAAUGACUUGCGCUCCCAGAAGUCUGGUGUUGAAUGUUUGUUUUUUGAAGCCACAGAGAAAUUUAGAGGAAAUAUCAAGACCAUGUACUCUGCUCCUAAUGGGCAAAUCCAUGUUGGCUACAAGGAUCUGGCGGAAAAUUACCAGCUUCUAGUUACAAAUCUGGCCAAAAAAAGGGAAGAGAAAGAAGUCAAGCUGGUUUUGAAUCUUUUCCAAUCCCUUCUGGAUGAAUUCAUCAGAGGAUAUACAAAAAAAGAGGAAUCUGAACAGCCCAAGCAAACCAAAGCCCAGAAGAAGAAACGAAAACAAGAUCGUUCAAUUGAAGAACAUAAUGGCCACGUAUUCACAAACUACCAAGUGAGCAUUCGGCAGUCAUGUGAACACUGCUCAUCCUACAUCUGGCCCAUGGAAAAGGCAUGUCUCUGCAGUGUUUGCAAGUUGAUUUGUCACAAGAAGUGCAUGUCCAAAAUCCAGAGCAGCUGUACAUCCUGUGGAAAAAAGAAUGAACAGGAUACAGAACCACGUCACUUUGGAGUAUGUGUGAGUUCCCUGACCAGUGAGAGAAAUUCAGUCCCCGUUGUCAUGGAGAAGCUGCUGGAGUAUGUGGAGAUGCAUGGCCUCUACACAGAAGGCAUUUACAGGAAAUCAGGAUCAGCAAAUCGUAUGAAAGAGCUGAAGCAGUUGUUGCAAGCAGAUCCAAACUCAGUGAAACUGGAGAAUUACCCUAUUCACACUAUUACGGGCAUCCUUAAGCAAUGGCUUCGGGAAUUACCAGAUCCACUAAUGACCUCAGCACAGUACAAUGAUUUUCUUCGUGCUGUAGAACUACCAGAAAAACAGGAGCAACUCUGUGCCAUUUACAGUGUCCUCGAACAGCUUCCACAAGCAAAUCACAACACCUUGGAACGACUCAUCUUCCAUCUAGUCAAAGUGGCUCUGAUAGAAGAUGUCAACCGUAUGUCACCUAAUGCCUUGGCCAUUGUUUUUGCUCCGUGCCUCUUACGUUGUCCUGAUACCUCAGACCCUUUAACCAGCAUGAAAGAUGUUUCAAAAACAACCAUGUGUGUGGAGAUGCUGAUAAAGGAACAGAUAAGGAGGUACAAGAUAAAAAUGGAUGAAAUAAAUCAGCUGGAAGCAGCUGAAAGCAUUGCUUUUCGAAGACUCUCGUUGCUUCGGCAGAAUACGCUCUGGCCUGUAAAACUUGGGUUUUCUUCCCCUUAUGAGGGGAUGCUGAGUAAAAGCCCACAGAUCAAAGGAAAUGACAGUAGCAACUCAGAACUGGACUCACUGAAUGAAGAAGAGGAAGUUUCUGAAGCUGAUAACCGAGAAAAGGAGAUUCUCAUUGAUCGCUUACAGUCGAUAAAAGAAGAAAAGGAAGAUAUAACUUAUCGGUUACCUGAGCUUGAUCAGCGAGGCUCUGAUGAGGAAAAUGUAGACUCUGAGACCUCAGCAAGCACAGAGAGCCUGCUAGAGGAGAGAACAGGACGGAUGGAUACCGAAGGAAUUACACUUUCUGGAUUACACUGCCGUGCUCAGAGCUCCAAUAUGCCUGCCAAAGACAUUUGCAAAGUGCCUUCUCUUUUGCAAACCUAUUCAAGCUCUUCCUCUGCAUCCCUGGCUUCAAGACGCAGACUAUCUUUAACGCUGUCCAAGAUUAAAGUGCCCCGUCGAACUCCAGUGAUGCCAACAGCAAAUAUAAAGCUUCCUCCUGGGAUUUUCAAGUGUACAGAAUCUCAGGGAAGGAUUUCAGCUAAUGAAGAGUCUCAAAUAGUGGUGAAACGAAGGGAGCAGCCAGCAAGGCGAACUGAUAAAAUCCACUCUGUAUACAUUGCACAAGGGUCUGCAGUGGCCCACGCUCAGGAACUUUUAGAUGAAUAUGAACCAACGGCAAAAGUAAAACGGAGGUUUUCGGACCCUUACUCCCACAUUCCCUGUACAGAUGAAUGAAAUACUUAAGCUGUCUGGAUUUUCAAAAGUUGACUGCAGCUUUGUUUUUAACCCUUUGGAGGCUGUGGACUUUUCAUGUUCUUUUAAGUGGCUGCUGGGGAGACAGCCUGGAAACAUACAGUACUGUAAGGGUUAAGCAAGGUUGUUUAAAAGAAAUAUGCUUCACUUUAAAUUAAAACCCUGCAAGGAAGUAAAACAUAAAACUUACGUUGAGUAAAAUACAUGGAUUGAGUGUACAGGAAAAAAAAAAAAGUCCCCUGAUUCUGCUGCCGUGCCUUUUUCCAUUUGCCUUACAAUGGACUCUAAUGGGACCAACAGUGACUUUGCGUCAAUGUGUGUUGCCUUGAUUUUUUUAUGUUUUUAUGACAACUUUGUGUGGUUUACAAAACGGUUAAUGUUGUAAUAGCCUUAACGGAGACCAAAAUAUAUAAAAACUUUUAUUAAUACAUUGCACUUUUUAAAAA